AUGUUGGGAAAUAUUGGAUAUUUCAAUGGAAACCAAUCGGUCACCUCUCCGGGUAUGGCAUCACCCAAAUGGUACGGACCGUUAGAAAUGUUAUCAGCCGUUCCCUCGCGACCAGUGUUUCCGCGGCCUUUCCUUUGGGACGACGGCUUUCAUAAUCUGUUGAUUCAGCGGUGGAACAGUUCGCUGACACUGAAGAUAAUGAAUUCGUGGCUUAAUAUCAUGAAUAUUGACGGUUGGAUUCCCCGGGAGAUUGUCAUCGGGAGUGAGUCCAUUGCAAAACACGGCACAAUCCAUACACAACCAGAUACCGACGCUAACCCGCCGUCCUUUCUAUUAACCAUCGAUACACUUAUGAGAAACAAACAAAUGGACGUCCAGUCCCUAAAGGAUAUAUACCCGAGACUUAAGGCAUGGUUUCACUGGUAUAACACUACACAAAGUGGUGAACUGAGCAGUACUUUUAGAUGGAGGGGUAGGGGUGAUAAUAAAGAUAACCGAGAAUUAAACCCUGAUACUCUAACCUCUGGACUCGAUGACUACCCCCGGGCCACACAUCCCACUGAUAAAGAAUACCAUUUAGACCUUCGUUGUUGGAUAUGGUUGGCCGCGGAUAUCAUGUCACGUAUAGCCAAUGUUGUGGGAGACCCUCACAUGAAAGCCCAAUACGAAGGAACGGCACACUUGUUGGCCGACAAUAGCCUAUUAGAGAGACUUCAUUGGUCUGAAUCAGACAAAGCGUAUUGUGAUUACGGAUAUCACUCCACAAACGUGUCAUUAGUUGAGGACGGGUCCGGACAUUACGUACGAAAGGUGUGGACUCCACCCACGUAUCAAUUGACUUGUGAUCAGUUGGGUUAUGUCAACCUCUUUCCCUUCAUGUUUGGUAUAAUAGACGCUAAUAAUACAAAAUUGGGUUAUAUUUUGGACUCAAUUCAUAACUCAUCGCAAAUGUGGACAAACUAUGGUUUGAGAUCAUUGUCUAAAACCAGUUUCUAUUAUAAUAAGUAUAACAGUGAACAUGAAGAGCCAUACUGGAGGGGUAACAUAUGGAUCAACAUUAAUUAUCUAGUGCUCCGAGGUCUUAGACAUUAUGCUGAUAUCCCGGGUCCUAAUCAGUCAAAAGCGGCGCUUAUUUACAAAGAGUUACGAAAUAAUAUAAUUGAGAAUAUGUUCACAGAAUAUGAGAGGACGGGCUUUGUUUGGGAACAGUAUAACGAUACGACUGGCAAUUCAACGGAUGUGAACAUACCGUUUGACCACCACUUCCACACCGAACCCAUACUGCCAUUCAAUACUUGGGGUUCAUUUCGUGCCUUUCAGUACUUCGGUCUCAAGACUUCAUCACCAGAUUCACCACUUAUUGGUUUAGUUUGGUUUAACAAUAGCGCCAAUAAUGUGUCUGCCCUUCACGUGAGACACUGGUGUGACCUGAAUGAUGGUCUGAUCUAUGGCUGGAAAUAUCAUAACUUCGAUGACUUUGGAUUUCAGACUAUUAAAGAUAAUGACUAUAAUUUUAAUACUAGCUUUAUUAAAUAUGCAGCUGAUAAUUGGAAAGCACUGGUAUCU